AUGUCGACAUCUUCUGUGCCUGAGGAUUUAGUGUCGUCUGCUUGGAUAGUUUGUCCAUCAAAAUCCUACCCUGGUGAAGAUUAUUAUUUUAAUACUUUAACUGGUCAAUCAGUGUGGGACUUAAGUGAGCCGGAGGUAAAAAAGGCUCUAACAAGAGCUCAAAUUUUAGAAAAUCAGUCAGGAUUUCAUGCAAAUGACUGUCCGGAACCUUCAGACUCCCCUCAGAAUAUUUCAAGUGAAGAUCAAAUAAUCAAGCUUAAAUACAACAAAAGUUUUCAAGCAAAUAUUAACAAUAAACAAGUUAUGAAUAACCAGUUUAGGAAACCAUAUCCAAUAAUUUUAAGCAAUGACCUAGAAAUAAAGGAUUUAAACUAUAACAAAAAACUGGUUUUUACUAUAAGAGAAAUAAAAACAUUACUGACCAAAACUGAAAAUGAAAAUAAAGAAUCUUACCAACCCAAAGCAAACAUAGAAGACAGUCUCAAUAUAAAGAUUGUUAUACCAAAUACGAAUAAGACAGAAAAUAAUGGAAUUUUGCAAACAAAUGACGAAGCAUAUGAUAUUGAUGAAGCAAAAGUUCAAGAAACUGAAAUAAUUACUGAAGUACCAGAAACUGAAAUAAAUACUGAAGUAGAAGAAUCUGAAAUAAAUCAAAUAGAUUACAAUGUAAUGCCCAGUGCUAAUACCAGUGUUAACAAAGAUCAAGCCCAACAAAAAAAAUUUAGGAGUUUAUCAAACAAAAACCCAGACAGUAAAAGACAGUAUUUGAAAUACAAUAGACGCAGAACAACGAGUAGUAUGACAACAUUAACAAAUGGCGAUAAGGAUGAAACAGAAAUUACACCCGGAGAUGUACAUUCGACGGACUCUGAAAAUUCGACAUGUAAAAUAAUUAAUACUAAAAAAGAAGAUAUAAUAAGUACGAAUAAAAGUAAAGAUAUUCCAGAAAUUAAGAGAAAUAUAGAGACUAAGAGCAAAGAAAUAACAAAAAACAAUGAAAUGUCGCAAGAAAACACAGAGUAUCAUAAUGUUAUGUUCGAAAUCACCGAUCAGGAUAUGGAAGAUCAUUUAGAGCUGAAAUCAGAUGAAUUUGUAUCAAGAUUCGUACAAAUAAUGGGGGAAGUUUUAGAACGCGUAUUACUAGAGGAACCGAUAUUCGAUUCUGAAGCUAUGCCACCUCCUUGGACGCUUUACGAAGCCACAGAAUGUAUUAAAAGGAAAUUUCAUUAUGAUUCUGAUGUUGUGGACGCAACAACAAAACUAUUGAAUGUUUUAUUUGAACUCGGUGGCUUGAGAGGUAAGAUUACUCGGGAUAUAAGUCCUCAGAAAUACAUGGACAUGUAUAGCUUCGGAGUUUACUUAAUAGAUUCAUUACAGGGUAUUUUAAGUAAUAAUGAAGAUCUCCAAUUAGCUGCUGAGUCUUUAUCGAAGUUGUUAAAAGAUAUACAAAACCCUGUUUUGGACAAUUGCAAUCGAGACAGUCCCGAUAGCUUACAAGAUGGCGAUCAUAAUAACAGUUUUAUUAAUGGAACGAUUUUAAAUGAAUCAGGGACCCGGGAUUGGGGCUCGUGUGAUCAUGAUAAAAAUCCCAAGAAGAAAAGGGUCAGGAAAGAUUCAACCAGUUCAAGAAGUUCAUCAGAUUGUGACCUUAGAUCUAGUGAGGAAGAAGUAUUAGAGGACGUCAAAGAAAACAAUAGAAUUGAUUCAGAAUCAUGCUUCUUUAGGAAUUUAGAUUUGAGGAAAAAUUCACCAUAUAAAGACAAAUACUCAGUAGACGAUAGUGAAACAUCAACAAAUGUCGCUCAAGAUAGUAAUAGUAAGGAAACUAAAAUUGUAAGGAAAUUCACAAAGUUUACUGAAUAUGAGGAGAAAUUUAAAGAUAAACCUAAAGUACCAUAUGAUUCAUGGAAUCAUAUGAAUGAUGAAUAUGAACAACUUGAUUAUGAACCAAUGGAUGAUGAAAAUUAUUCUGAAGAUAAUCAUAAUUAUAAUGAUGAAAUGCAUGAGAGUAUUGACACAACCUGUAAUGAUGUACAAGAAACAGAAAAUAAUAACAAUGAGACAAAUUUUGAUACGUUCGUAAAGAAAAUGGAAUCACAUGCCAAAGAAACUUAUUACACAGUCUAUAAAUUUUGUAAUAAUUCAUAUCAAAAAUUAAUUUUAACACCUAGUCCUACUGAAAAAAGUCAGAUAAAUGUACAGGCUGAAAAAACCUAUGCAGAUAUUGAAAAUUUAUGCAAUGCUUUCACAAGAAUAUUGGAAGGUGAGAAGGGUGAUUCUGAACACAAGAUUCAAGAGUUUUUCAAAGAUACGGAGCUUUUAAACGUCAGUGGUGAAAUGAAAAAUAUUGAAGAUUACAGGAAUCUCAUCAGUUAUCUGCUACAACACGGCAACGCUUUAAAAGACACUCUAAAAUUAGUUUUAGAUGCUAGCAAAGAAUAA